AUGGAUGUUAUUGCAGGUGCUCUGCUUGUAAAUCACUGGUGUUUGGGUGAUGUCAAAGAUUCAGAGCUUUGCACUUCUACAGGUGAGUUUGAGACUGUGCAAGUCUGUGUGUUUGUGUGUGUGUGGGGGGGUGUUCCUCUACUCAUUCCAAAUGUUUAAUGCUAAAUGUUCAUUAUAAAAGAAGGUCAGGGAUGUUUUGUUUCAUCAUCAAGCUUUUGGAAAAUAUGGGAUGUACUAGAGGCUGCCACCCACACUUUCUCAGCUCAUCAGUCCCACCAGCCCUCCAUCCCCUCCACCUGGCUAACCCCUCCUUCAUUUACCCCUCACUCACCCCCUUGCCUAUCCCCUCAUAUCUUGCCCAAACCUCCCCUUUAAGCUAGGCUGAACCCUCCUUCCUUCUUCUAUACAUUUUUAAGAAUUAAAUUGAGAAUUUGCAACCCCAAAUUUCUAAAUAAAAAUUGAGGUGGCAUUAAAAUGUUUUAAAUAAAUAAAACAGAGUAGAACACUGGCAUGCCACUUUCCCCAAAAAGAAAUAAUUAAAAACAGUAUGCAAUAAACAAUUAUGGGGGGAAACAGUGCUAAAAAGCAAUACAGUAAGACAAAAACAAAGGUGAUAAAACAAUCUAAUUCCACAUGAUUCCUCAAAUGCUCACCCUCCGUUGCAACUACAUUUUCACUUACUCUCCGCAUUCACUUAUGCUCUUUAUUUAUUUCUUCCGUUUGUUCUCUAGGUGAACUUCCUGCUCCUGAUUUAUUCUUGAAUUCAACUUUGGUUCCUGAAGGGGAAAUUAUCACAAUACUCUGUAUGGCUCCAUCAGAGGUUGUGGUGACCAGAAUUUUUUUCUGUAAAGAUGGGGUUCCUAUUUCAUUCAAGAAAGCAACAUCUCAAACUGCUCAAUACAUAGUCUAUGCAUCACUGAAGAAUACUGGCCAAUACUCCUGUGGUUAUCAGCAAAAUAAUGCAAAGAACCAAGUGAAGACAUCUGCCCUCAGUGUUGCUCGGAAUCUGGUUUUCCACUCAGGUAAGAUUGUAGAAAUGAUCACUCUAGGGUUGAAAUGAACGACAGACGAGUGGCAAGUGUCAUAUGGGAGGCAUCUACCGAGCAUGUCUCAGGGAGUCCCUUUUAUUGAAUAUUACAGCAUUGCCACAUAUGUGCUUGUUGCUGAUUGGUUAACACAAAUACAAUACAAGGGUUGCAUAUAGGCAUUAAUCAUCAAUAGAUUAAAGGUUGGGAAAGGGAACACAGAAUUAGACAGGCAUGAAAACCUCCUUAUUAAACAAUUACUAAUGAUUGAUAUGGCAAAGCUUAACAGGGCAUAACUAUUGUAUUCCAUAGAUGUGGUCAACCAUGCAUUAGGAACAGGUCAGGAUAUGAUGUUUCAUGAACUCAGUGUGAACCGAACAAUCUAGGAAGGAAUGUUUCAGCUCAGAGCAGUUUGCCAGACUCAUGUGCAGAAGCAAAUGUGCAGAAGCAAAACUUCCCAUCACUUGCAAGAGAACGUUGCAUGGUGGGAUAGUCCUGUUUAGAGUUCCAGCUAGCCAGCCAUGCCAUAUUCGAGCACUGUCCAUUUAAUUUCCCACCCAUUUGGUUUCUAUGCCCCCACGACAACUGUUAUAGCCACAGAGCAUGUUCAGACUUCCCUGGAGCACAUUCAUAUGUUUAUCUAAAUGAAAAUAAGUGCUGUUUUGCACCUAUGCAACCAAUGUUGGAGAAUCUGGCCAAUAGCAUGGAGAUGACAACACUUCUCCAGGAACACUGUUUAAUGGCAUUUUAAAAUAGAUAUUGCUGUUAGGCAGCUUAUCAAAGAGUGAUGCUUUUGCAACCUGUUAAAAUAUUUAUGAUUUAUGAGUCUAGCCUCUAGGGUUGGGGCUUAGAUCAGCCUAAAUCCAUCCUGUUUCAUUUCUUUUGGCACAUCAUGUUUUUCUAAAGAGUGCAUGAAAGGUUACAUAUGUUCUUCCAUCCAGCUCAGUUAUACAUUGAGUAAUGAAAUGAAUGAUUCUUAGUCAUAACAAUUGAUUUUUAGUUCAAAUCAAACCCAUUGUUAUGAUGCACCUUAAUAUAUACAUUAAUGUACUCAUUUUGUAUGCAUUCCUCAAAAUAUGCAUUUUAGCAAUGCUUAUCAAUGCUUUUCAAUGAAUUUCCAAAUAAAAUAUACGUUAUAUUAAAAUACAUAUAAAGUGGGCCCCUUUUGUGGUAAAACCACAUUAAAAAAUCCAGAGAAGUGUGUGAUCCAAUCAGGAGUUGUGUUCUGAUCCACAGUUCGGUUUGGCACCACUGCCUUGAUAAGAGCACAUUUAUGAGAGCUUUGUGUUUCUUGAUGUGUUGAUGAGCCAUGCUUUUCUGAUACCAUCCAUGUUUUUUCCUGCCCAGGUAAUUGUCCUUCCAAUGGUAAGUAAACAGCAUCAAUGAGUAAUAAUAUUUAUUUAUCUUAUUGUUUGUUUUAGUAUGCCAUUUUAAAUCUUAACAGAAAGACAAAAUAAUGCAAUCUAUACUCAAACACAAUCACGAAAAGAAAAACAUUUUUUUUCUCAUUUCCCAUCAGAGAUCAUUAAUACCCUAAUGCCAAAUUUAUAGAAUCUUUUUGCCACUGUGGAAAGUUUGAUAGCACUCUUGAUGUCAAUGUCUGAAUUUCUCUCCUUUUUUGCAAAGACAAAUGAUUGCCAUCAAUCAAGAGCCAGUUGGCUAUACAGAGAGUCAGGGAAAUGCAUCACUCUUUACUGGUUUUCCUGCUAUUUGUGCAUGCUUUUCACCAUAUCACUUUAUGCCCCAUUCCGUGCCCAAUAAGCAUGGGACGCCUUUGCCCAGCGGGACUGUGGACCAUAGAUUGCAGCAAAAGACUGGGCAAGGUUUCGGUCAGUAUCUUUUCUCUGUGUGAUGGGCUCAUGGGAAAAAGCUGCCCCAUGAACCCUUGCUGAAGAGGUGGGGGGGAGGAAGCUUACAUAAGUCUCCUUCCCCUGGAGCUCACAGUCAUUUUUCUUUGAGAGUAUAGAGGUGGGCCCCAUAAGAGGACAGGACUGACCAUGGCAACCCCAAGCAUUGUUUCAGUAUCUGCCUGGUUGGAAUCUGCACCCUGGUCCCCCAGUGAGACCUUGCAUGCUUGGCUUGCACCACUGAAAGAUUCAACACCUGCCGACUCCUGUCGUAUAGGUCAGGAGAGAUCCAAACCCAGCGGAUCCAUUCCAUCUACAUGGGGAUUGUGGAAUGGUGAACUGAUCCUGCAACCCAAUGCCAUGCAAACCCUUGCCCUGCCUGCUGCUGUCAAUAAAGAUUUGGCCUGAUUUUAUCCCAUCAUCGAUGUGCGGUCUGAUUAUUUUGCUGCUCUCAUGGGUCACAUAAUGUGCCUGCCUGUGCAAAGAAUGAUUAAAAGAAACCAGCCACAAGAUAGAUCAUAGAAAUUGAUUGAUUGAUAUUAUUUGAGAGAAUCAAUAGGAGUAUAUAAUCACUAGAAUAGGGAUCGAGAACCUGUGGCAUACACCUGGCCCAUGAGGUCUCUCAAUGCAGUCUUUAUAGGCCUUGGGGGUGGUCAGGCUACAUGGGGCUGGUUUGUGUGCAUGGGAGUGUACAUGCUUUAGCUCCCUCUUAGGCAUUAGCUGCUUGUUUGCAGCCCCACUCAUUUUAUGCUGGAAAAAUGUUUCCUACUUAUAUCCUUAGAAGGAAUUUCCAACCAUGAUUAAUGUCUGAAUCUUCUCUCUAUCAUGUGAACCCAGCUACUAAUUUUCAGAGGGGUUUCUGGUGGGUGUUAAAUGGGAUAACGGAUGAAAAGCUGCCUUUCUGACAAUCAAAUAUUCUCUAAGUAAAUGUGCCUGAGGGUCAGAGAUACAUUGAAUAGUUCAUCAGAAGGAAUGGUGUAAAAAUUAUACAUUUUUGAGUCGUAGCUGCAGCCAAAUUUGAGGGUGUGCCCUAGAGGAAGGGGAUAGAAACAUGCAUUCUGCAAAAGUCCUUGACAUAGGAUUGCCCCAUAGGAUCUUUCUGCUCACCUAACUAUUAAUCUUCUAUAACUUUUUAAGAAUUAAAUUGAGAGUCUAUAAGCCCAAAUUUCUAAAUAAAAAUUGAGGUGGCAUUAAAAUGCUUUAAAUGAAUAAAACAGUAGAACACUUGCUUAACACUUUCCCCAAAAAGAAAUAAUUAAAGGUAGUAUACAACAAACAAUUAUGGAAAAAACCAGUGCUAAAAAACAAUACAGUAAACAAAAUAAUGGUAAUUAAGCAAUCUAAUGCCGAUUGAUUACUCAAAUGUUCACCCUCCAUUGCAACUGCAUUUUCACCUAGUCCCUGCAUUCAUUUAUGCUUUUUCUUUAUUUCUUCCGUUUGUUCAUUCUCUAGGUGAACUUCCUGCUCCUGAUUUACUCUUGAACACAACUUUGGUUCCUGAAGGGGAAACUAUCACAGCACUAUGUGCGGCUCCAGCAGAGGUUGUGGUGACUGGAUUUUUCUUCUGUAAAGAUGGGGCUCUUGUUUCAUUUAAGAAAGCAAUAUGCCAAAUUACUCAAUACAUAGUCUAUGCAUCGCCAAAGAAUGCUGGGCAUUAUUCUUGUGGUUACCAGCAGAAGGAUUCAAAGAACCAAGUGAAGACAUCUGCCCUCAGUGUUGCUCAGAAUCUGAUUGUCCAGUCAGGUAAGAUUGUCAGGGACCUGCAAGGGAAUGUUGCAUGGUGGGAUAGUCCUGUUUAGGGUUCCAGCAAGCCAGCCGUGCCAUAUUCUAGCAGAGUCCAUUUCAUUCUCCAUCCAUUUGGUUUCUAUCCCCCCACCACAAUAAUUUAUCAGUAUUUCAUAGCCACAGAACAUGUUCAGACCUCCCUGGUCUGCUUUUGAGAUUACAGUGUUCAAACCUUACAGUGUUUUUAGAAAUGUUUUUCAUCUGUUUACAUACAACUAGCACAUGCCUUGAGUGAGUAAGGUGCCAUUUUGGUUGCAUAAGGUUUGACACUCAACUCUGAACAAAUAGAUCGGGGGGAAAGUAUGGAUGAUUGUUUUUGUAGAUCAAGGGGAGUGAGUUCCUCCUGAGUGCCUUGAUGGCAUCUGAUGGCACAGAAUUUCUAAAUAAUCAGCAUAGAUGUAACCAGUUUUCCCUAUUCCAGGGAGGGAGGUAAAUGAUAGGUACAUCCUUAUUCCAUGAGCUGGGGUACUUUAUUCACUCCUCUCAAUUUUCCACUGUAGGCAUGAAAAUAUUUUGAGCUAUGUGCAUAGCUGCAUUAAUCCUUAUGCCCUUUUAGUACUGCAUAGCAAAACAGCUAUGCGAACAUUUUCCUUACCAUGUCAUCUCAACCCAGGUUUUUGCUAACAAUAGGACCAUCCUUGACUACAAAUUAAGAUUAAGUGGAAGAGGUUGAACCACAAAGCUAGGUUCAGGUGAAUCUCUAAACCAAACUUUUGUUUAGCUGCUAUGUCAGUCAUUCUAUGCUGCCAACAUGUUCCUAUUUGAGAAAAUCAAUAGGAGUAUAUAAUCAGAGUAGGAAAAGUGUUAUGAUACACUUGUACAUUCUUCCACCAAGCAUCAAACCGUAGGGAACUUGUUAACGUCUAUCAGCUGAUUUAUCUACCUGUAUCUGGUCAUAUCUGAGUAGACACAAAAACCUUUCUGAUUUUUUUCUAUUCAAUCCAGGUCAGACAAUAUCUCCCUAUAUUUGGAUUCUCCGCUCCUCAUUGGUGCUUCUUCUCCUGGUCUCAGCGCCAAUCAUCACCUAUUUCAUGGAAAAGUGUAAUUGCUCCUUGGUCAGACAUAGAAACUAG